AAUUAAAUAUUGUGUUGUUUUUUCCGUUUCAGGUCUAUAUACGUUUAUAAUUCCUUACUGUCUACUGCAAUAGUGUACAAUUACUUUUUGAUCUUGAAAUAUUUGCGUUACAAGAAAUGAACAAGAUCAUUCCAAAUGAUCUAUCGAAGUUUUGUACUUUGUCUAAUAUCUCAACUAAGCCGUCACUAAAAAUGAUGUCUACUUUGGUGUACCGUAACAAGAAUCCUAGAAAUCUUGAACUUUUGGGUAUGGCACCAAAAACCAAAGGUUGGGAAUUUCAAGCUCCACGAAAGGAUUUUUGGAAUAAAGUAGUUUUAGAUAAAGAUUCUCAUCAUACAACUGGUCUUGUUGUUCAUGCUUCUUCAAAAGUAUUAAUCUCGGCUUCAACUAAAGAAAGUAGCAUCAGAAAACAUUUGUAUAGUUGUACUGAUGUUUCAGCUGCAGAAAAUAUUGGAAGAGUACUAGCACUAAGAUGUCAUCAAUGCGGUUUGAUGGAGUUAUUUUCUGAGACAACCGAGCUAUCUAACGAAAACGAGAGUACUCGAGCUUUCUACGAGUCCUUGUUGGCUAGUGGAAUACAACUACAGGAAACACCAUAUAUUGGAGAGGUGGACCCCAUUGGGAUAGAUUAUGACAGUAUGUCAGAUGAAGAAAAACGUGCUAUGUAUCCAAGCCUUAUUGAAACACUACGUACUACACCAGACUGGGAUAACAUUCCUUUCCCAUAUUCCUUGAGACCUAAAGCAGGACCAUAUAAACUACGAAAUAAUUAUCAAAUCCUUUCAAAAAUUCGUCAAGGUAUGGUAUGGGAUCGAUACUAUUUGAGAAUGGUACAUCCACGAAACAAAGCUUAUUGGCAGCACGACUAUGAAGAGCUGCAAAGGAAGAGACUUGAAUCUUUGGGCAACGCACAGGAGAGUGAAGAACCAGCUAAUGUAAUUGUUCCAUCUAAGUGGCAGUUAACGUAGAGAGCAGUUCGUUUGGUCUUUUCUAAACAUAGAAACUAACUGUACACAACAUACAUUGAUCAUCAUGAAUUAUACUUUUGUUUUUUAACAUAUCGUAUUGCAACCUAUAGUAAAAAGGUGAAUAAGAUUUCUAAGUGUAUGGAAUGUAUUGGAUUUAAUAUUUGAACCUACUUUCUAUCUCUCACUUUACUACGAUCAAUCAAAAACAUAGUUUUAAUCCCACAAUGAAGAAUCUAUUUCCAACAAUUACGGUGAUUUUUCUUUUGGAUAUAGUACCAAUUUACAAUUUUUAUGGGUUAACAUGUUUAUGAAAAAGACUUAUAAUAAUUGAGAUGGGAAAUUCUCUAAAAUUCACUACUUUAUGACCAUGUACUAGUGUAGUGAAUGAGAACACAGGUGGG